CUGUGGUCGUAUUUGUUUUUACUUGCCAGCCAAUAACAAAACAUCGACACAGCGCAGUCUCUCUCUGUUCUUUGCCUUUCCUUAAACGGAAGCGAGAAGAAUUCACUCAAGUUCUCUUUGGAUUUAGGGAGAUGGUAGUGAUAAGAGAGGCACCGGCUGUUCAUGGAUACCGCAUGCCUGCGGAGUGGGAGUCCCACUCACAGACUUGGAUGGGCUGGCCUGAGCGCCGGGAUAACUGGCGAGACAAUGCAUUACAUGCACAACUUGUUUUCACCAAAGUGGCAAUUGCAAUUUCAAAGUUUGAGCCUGUAACUGUCUGUGCAAGCUCUGCUCAGUGGGAAAAUGCACGAAGUCAGCUACCAGAACAUGUGAGAGUUCUUGAGAUGAGCAUGAAUGAUUCUUGGUUUCGUGAUAUUGGUCCGACUUUUGUUGUUAGGAAAAAUGGAUCAAAUCAUGGUAACCUCGAGCAACACAUUGCAGGGAUUGAUUGGAAUUUUAAUGGUUGGGGAGGGGUUGAUGAUGGUUGUUACCAGGAUUGGAGUCUUGACCUUCUCGUGGCAAGGAAGAUCCUAGGAACGGAAAAAAUUCCAAGGUUUCCCCACUUUAUGAUUCUUGAAGGUGGAAGCAUCCAUGUAGAUGGAGAUGGGACAUGCCUUACCACUGAGGAGUGCCUCUUGAACAAAAACAGGAACCCCAAUUUGACCAAAGAACAGAUAGAAGAUCAACUUAAGGCAUAUCUCGGAGUUCAGAAGGUUAUUUGGUUGCCUUAUGGAUUAUAUGGUGAUGAUGAUACUAAUGGUCAUAUUGACAAUAUGUGCUGCUUUGCAAGGCCUGGUGUGGUUUUGUUGUCUUGGACUGACGAUGAAAAGGAUCCCCAGUUCAAACGAUCAAUGGAAGCUUUAUCAAUCCUCUCCAAUACUAGUGAUGCUAAUGGUAGGAGAUUAGAAGUAAUUAAACUCCAUGUGCCAGGACCACUUUAUAUGACAGAUGAAGAAGCUGCUGGAGUUGUUCAAGAUUGCAAUGCCAAACCAAGACUUCCAGGUACCAGACUUGCUGCAUCUUAUGUAAACUUCUAUAUUGCCAAUGGUGGGAUCAUCACACCACAGUUUGGGGACCAGAAGUGGGAUGAUGAAGCUGUUCGUGUUCUCUCUCAAGCUUUUCCAAAGCAUGAAGUGGUGAGAAUCGAAGGUGCAAGGGAAAUUGUUUUGGCAGGGGGGAAUGCACAUUGCAUUACUCAGCAACAGCCAGCUGCUCUCUCUACGUCGAACUGUUAAACAUGGUUGAUUAUGCAUAAAUGCCGGCAUGAGUUGCGUUGGUAAUAGCUUUAGACUAACAAUUAAAUUAUGUACCAUGAAGGUAAACUUAUAUCUUCCCUUUGAUCCGUGUGGCAUUUAUCUGGCAGAGAUGCUAAUGCAAUGCAUGCCCUAGAACAGCACGCCAAAAUAGAAAUCGACUUUUGAAUCAUCGUAUUAUACCUAAUUAAGAUGUUGAAUUUGCAUUUCUAGGCCA